CGUUUUUAAUCUGUAACCCAGCGGUGCUGGGUUGGGAACGCGGACGUGAAAGAGAGCAUGCACGUCACGCAACAACUCGGACGACACCAGUCGGAGAAACCGCCAUUUUCUUAGCGCCUUCAGGUGGAAGAAAAAAGACCUUUAUGCAGUUUAAGUUUUACCAGUUUUACACAUCUCUGCUGCUCAGUGGACUAGGAAGAAAGUGCGCCACACACUGUCUGUCAUUGAGACGCUGGGCUUAUGAAGGGAAAAUAUGGACGAAUAUGUGAAAGCUAAACUAAUAGAAUGGAAUCUUGAAGAGUUAAUUCCCACAUUUGAAGCUGAGAAGAUUGAUCAAGAAACCCUCCUUCUUUUAGAUGAUGUCACACUGACCUCUCUUAUCCCCAUUAUUGGACUUCGUUUAAAAUUCAAGAAGUACCUCAAGAAGGCACUUGAUGAAUCAAAUGAAGAGCGUGCAACUACACCUACUAUUUCACCUACUAUAUCAAGGGAGCAGCAGCAGCAAAGGAUAUCUCUGGAGCAAGUACCCACAUUUAAUGUAAGAGACAUCCUUCUUGCAACACCCAAUGGCAGAGGUAUUGUAGAUACUAUUGAAACUAAGAACUGCAUUUCACUUAAUGAGAGACAAGCCAUGGUUCGGAUCUUGGUGUCACAUCUUAUUGAACGCUUUGGAGAAAACCCAAGUGCAAGUACAAAAGUUACCCUGGCUUCAUCAGUAGUUGAACAAUUUCCAUGCCUUAAGGAUUGCCAGGGCAAAGGCUAUGAAGCAUGGUUUAGUCCAGGUCGAUACCACAGACCUGCUACUGGCUUCCUGGAGGAGCGUCUUCGGAACGUGCGCAAAAGGGUCAGAAAAGGAAGAGAAAAUCGAGUUUCUCCAAAUAACCCGAGAGAUAGCUGUAGUUUUAUUUUGCCAGAGUCAAAUGUAGAUGUAGAAAGAGCAACUCAAAUGACAGAGUGGCUUAAAAAUAAUAUCUGGCCACUAAGUCAGGUUGAGCAGUACAUGAAGGAGACGUCUAUCCAUAGGGCCAAAUGGAUUCGUGACAAUGGAACAAAGACAAUCAGGGAAAUUUUCAAGGAGUAUCCACGUCUCCUCGACACUCCAGGCAUGAUAUCCCAGGAUUUCUUAAUUUUGAAUCCAGACUCCGCUUCAAAGCUCACCGAAAAUUGGGUACCUGUGUUUAAGGAUAAGAUUCUGCAGUUUGCCAGCAGAGAGAAACAAUCUCUUGAUCUACUUUCCGGUGUAGAAUUGAUGUCAGCAGAGAAGCAGAGUGAUGUCGCCUUGCAAGUACUUCCUGUAGUCCUUCCAACAUCUGUGUACAAGAUUGGAAGGAAAACGUUUAAACCAACUUUCAUAGAAACCCGGAAGUCCUUUAUAGACAUAAAACCUAUUGGGACCAAUAUGGCUGAGUACCUGCGAUCAAAAGAUACAGAAUUUCCGCAUGUUCUCAUGCUUGGAGACAACCAGUGCUUUCAAGCCUUUGCCAUUAUAAAUGGAGAGGCACUCGAGCAAACUACAUUGCUUGCUGCAGUUGAUGUUUGCUUCAAGGCAUUCUACGUAUUUGAUAUAGACUACCCAAAGCAGUGUUCCACAGUGUGGCAGUUUUUACAGACUGUGGUGUAUGGACUUUCUGGGGAUGAAACACCAACAAUAAGAGUUUUGCGAGCAUUCAUUUUUGCUGACAAACAGUAAUUUUUGUUAUUACUGUCUGUGACCUUGCCUCUUUUAUGCUGUUGUUCUUUUUAUAUUUUCAAUUACUUUAAAUACUUGUACUUUUCUUCUACAGUACAAUUACACUUGAAUUGAUUCUUACUGUGAGUAUUUCUCUCACAUGAUAUCUUCUGCUGAAGAUGUUGAUGUUAAUGCUUUGAAAUGUUUUAAGAUUUCAAAUUCUAUAUAUUUACAAUUACUUUACAUACUUGUACUUUUCUUCUACCGUCCAAUUACACUUGAAUUGAUUCUUACUGUGAGUAUUUCUCUCACAUGAUAUCUUCUGCUGAAGAUGUUGAUGUUAAUGCUUUGAAAUGUUUAAGAUUUCAAAUUCUAUAUAUUUACAAUUACUUUACAUACUUGUACUUUUCUUCUACCGUCCAAUUGCACUUGAAUUGAUUCUUACUGUGAGUAUUUCUCUCACAUGAUAUCUUCUGCUGAAGAUGUUGAUGUUAAUGCUAUGUAAUGUUUUAAGAUUUCAAAUUCAUAUUUUCUUCAAAAGAGUCAUUUUUCUGAAUCUUUUUGCUGACAAACAGGUUAUUACUGUCUGUGACCUUGCCUCUUUUAUGCUGUUGUUGUUGUUUUUAUUUACUAUUACUUCUAAAUACUUGUACUUUUCUUCUACAGUACAAUUACAAAUUGAUAUGAAUAUUUCUCACAUGUUUUAAGAUUUCAAAUUCUAUAUAUUUACAAUUACUUUACAUACUUGUACUUUUCUUCUACGGUACAAUUACACUUGAAUUGAUUCUUACUGUGAGUAUUUCUCUCACAUGAUAUCUUCUGCUGAAGAUGUUGAUGUUAAUGCUUUGUAAUGUUUUAAGAUUUCAAAUUCAUAUUUUCUUCAAAAGGGUAAUUUUUCUGAAACUUUUUGCUGACAAACAGGUUAUUACUGUCUGUGACCUUGCCUCUUUUAUGCUGUUGUUGUUUUUUAAUUUACUAUUACUUCUAAAUACUUGUACUUUUCUUCUACAGUACAAUUACAAAUUGAUAUGAAUAUUUCUCACAUGAUAUCUUAUGCUCAAGAUCUUAAAUGUUAUGAAUUGUUUUUAGAUUUCACUUUAUAUUUUCUUCAAGUUAUUUUAAAUCUUUGUAAUGUGGUUUCAUGCAUUUCAUAGAAUUUUGUC